CGCUUCUUUCCAAUGAUUUCUGUACGCCACCGUGUCUUGUGCUUCCUUUUUCUCCCAACGCGGCUAUACUAAUGAUGCGCGCACAUGGCUUUCAAUUGCACCACACUGCACCGCAAUGGGGAGAGAUUUCGUCGCGAGCGUGUCGGGUUAAUUGAUGUAAACUGCACCAUCAUCACACAGCAGAAAACAUCAGCCAUUACAACAACGGGCCGGGUGUCUGUCACGCUCGCUUUCUCCGGUGGGAAGGUGUAGGUGCGGAAAUAUCGCCACGCUCCAAAGUAAUGGCCACACAGGCGCGGUAAUGUUUUUCCUCACGGCGGCGGAGAAGCAGAAAGCGAUUCAAAUUAUCCGAGAACUGCGCUAGGACGAGGACUUCCCGUGUCGUUGAUGUAUUCCAUCAAAGUAGAGAGCUUGUAAUUAGUGGUAGUAGGCCGCAGAGAUUGUUGGAACUGUAAUUAGCUAGCCACGACUGUAGUUGUUCCACAAAUGGCCGUUCCCAUAGAAACAAAUCACCUCCACGUCGUGAUAGAAUGGCCUUCUUGGCGAUUGUGUUUCUUGGACGAAAUGUGAUCCCUUCCAACCGGGGAGCGGUAGAAUUAAUUCUUCAGAUUCUACGCAACUCUCUCGGUCUGUUAGGUGCGCGCGCGCGCGUGGUCUAGAAUCGAAGUAAGCAGACCAAGAAUUGAGUGUGGGUGGGUACGCAAAUCCUACCCAAUCUUGGACACACGUUCGCGAUACAACACCCCACAUAUUCCACACAGAUCCAUUAAAAAGUCACUCAUAUUCGUCGACGAUCCGGUUUUCACCGUGUCCGCGUCCAGCAGCCGCUACUACAAAGCGUAAGAGACACCUUUGCCAGAGAGCUUUGCGUUCUUGGUGGCUGUUGGAGCUCUGUUUCUGAGUUGAUGUGUGCACAGAUGAUGGAUUACAAUUCUUAUCGCGUCCUUUUAGUGUCAACCCCCGGUAGAUUCUCCCACUCUCUGUCAAGGUCUCACUGGGUGAUGGAAUUCCACGCCGUGAUGACGUUUGUGGACAUCGUUUAAAGUCCGCGUGUGUGUGUGUGUGUUGAGAUGAGAAAAAGUAAAAGGUCUGCUCUGAGUCAACAGUGAUGCAGUAAUCACGCCGCCAAAUGCAGCCCUCGUCACCAGUGGCCCACCAUUUGCUUCUAUCCGCACGCGCGCUCCACUCCAGAUUCGGCGAGGCACAACAAUAAACCACCGAAACGGAAAAGAUCACUGAAUGCACACACGCCCGCGGAGAGUGGCGGCGGUGUCGUUGACCUUGGAGUUCAGUGAGCUCCAGAAGCUGGGAAAAGCAUUUGGAAGUUCUGCCAGCAUUCCAUUACUUUGCUGACGCUCCCUCGGAAGGUUGAGCUAGACCCUGUGACGCUUUGCCCUGCAAGUAUGCCAUCGGCACCGGAUCGCAACCCGGACUACUACAUCGGUGCUACCGGGCGUCCCGUUUUAACGACCCAUUUCACCACGAUGGGUGAUCGUCAUGGGUUGAGCAAAUCGGAAAAUGGCGCUAGAAACAGUAAGCUGCACAAAUGCUUAUACAAUCUCACGGUACGGAACGGUGGUGGAACAACAUUUCCCACCGGCAAUAACGCUUACGCUCGUCACGGAUCUAUCGUCGCCAGCAGCAGGAGAGCAAGCAAUAAAACGGAACAUGAUAUAACAGCGAUACCCAGGCACGGCCAUCUUGGUACUGGAGGUCGCAGCAGUAAAUCACCCCCACAUCAGAUUUCGGGAUCAACUCGUGAUGCCGGUCGGAGCUCGUUUGGUGCCAGCGGCGGGUGGUACUCGACCGGUACGGCCGGUACGCACAGUGGGCUGCAGACAGAUCGAAGCCGAUCGUCAACGUCACCUUCUCCUUCACGGUUGCUUACUGCCCGUAGCACAACACGACGCUCGGGACCUCCAGAAGUCUCCGCCGCCGAGAGUUCGCUCGUUCUACAAUGCAGAUAUCACAAUCAACACAAGCUGCUGGACAAUCGGCUGACCAAUCAGCGAAGCUACGAUCGCAACAUCUUUGGGUACGACCGGCGCAUGGAUCAGUUCGUGCUGCCACCGUUGCAGAUUUAGGGGGCGCGUGGAACUUAAUGAAUCAUAUCCAAACCAACCUUCCUGCAAUCGUGUUUUAAGACUAGACUAGGCAUUACGUUCCCUUUUCCGCGGAGAUCCGAAGCAUCUCCGUACAGAGGGAACUCGCGUUUAAGAUAUAAAAUAUGAAGAAAAGAAAAACAGCAAAA